CGUUGGUGCAGCUGCAGGAAAGGGGCUGGGGUGAAGGUGGGUGGCUCUCAGCCUGUCUCUGAAGCCCAGCUGCAGCAGAGCGAGUAGCCCUGGGGAGCUGAGUCCCUGAGCCCCCUGUGUCAUUUACAUACACCCUGCCAGUGCUGAGGCACAGCACCCAGGGUUUGUGCAGCACCCCAGAGCCUCUCUGAAACAGCCUCUCUGCCUCCUGCCAUGGCCCUGGGCUUCAUGGUCCUGCUGCUGGUGGGGAUGCUGGGCACAGCUUGCAGGGCUCAGCCCGUGCUGACCCAGCCUGAGUUUGUGUUCGUGCUGCCCGGGCAGAGUGCUCAGCUGUCCUGCACCCUGAGCCCCCAGUACAACAUCAGCCAGUUCGGCAUCUCCUGGUACCAGCAGCGCCCAGGGCACUCCCUCAGGUACCUGCUCUACUACAACUCUGAGCGAGACAAGCACAAGCCUGCCAAGACUCCUGACCGCUUCUCGGCCACCAAAGACCUGGCCAGCAAUGCCUGCAUCCUCACCAUCGCAUCUGCCCGCCAGGAUGACAACGGCACUUACUACUGCUCCCUGUCAACUGCCUUCAAAUGGCUCUAAAAUGGGAGACUGAAGCUUUCUGCGCUUUCUUUGGCCACCCUGAUGUGCUCUCAGCAGCCCUGGGAGGGAUGGGAAAAAUCCAUCUUUGCAUGCUUGAGCAGUGCUGCCUCGUGCUGGGAAGUGCAGCAACCUCCUCUUUGUCCCCAGGCGUCCUCCAUGGGGCAUUAGACAGCCCGGCAGGGCCGCAGAGCGCCCAGGGCCUCCUGCUGCAGCCGGAGGAUGGAGGGCCUGGCUACUCUGGGCCCUUCCAGCACCUGGCACGAGGCGGCCUCCA